AUGCCUUCUACGACACUGGACAACAUACUCCCAUCGCCAACCCAAUUAUCUUGGAAUGCUUUACGCCAUCGUCCGCAGAUCGUCACGGCCUCAACGGUUUUGACGGGACAGUGGACCUCGUUAGCACAGCGAACCUCGACUCCACACUGCAUCUUGAAAGCAGCAUGGAUACACCAAAAUCGUCCAGAUCGAAAACUAGCUUAUGGGAAGACGAAGCUAUCACGGCAGCACGUAUCCCAAUGGAAAAGCUCAUACGCAAGGAAAAAAAUAAACGAAGGCGGCUACGGAGUCGUAUACCGUGGCUUGUAUCGUGAUGAGUCUGUCGCGAUCAAAGUGCUCCUGCCUGAGAAGAGAAGAGAUAUGCGUCAGAUCAACACUUUUCUCUCCGAGAUAAAGAUGAUGGCUGCUGUAGAGCACCCUUAUAUUGUGCGCUUUAUCGGUGUAGCGUGGGACGCGCUCAGCGAUCUCUGCGCAGUCUCAGAGUUCAUGCGAGGUGGUGACUUGUUUGCGCUGCUAAGACGCUUUGACCGCGUGGAGCAUCGCGUGCAAGGUUUCGACAUCGACAAGGCUAAAAUUGCACUUCAUAUAGCACAGGCAUUAACAUAUCUGCACUCUCUUGACCCCAUCGUAUUGCACCGCGACCUCAAGUCGAUGAAUAUCCUCCUGUCGGAUGAUUGGGAGGCGAAACUCACAGAUUUCGGCGUUUCGCGAAGGUGGACGGUGGACACCAUGACGGGAGGUGUCGGCACGAGACGCUGGAUGGCACCCGAGGUUAUGAUGGGGAAGCGAUACGACACGAGUGCCGACAUUUUUUCGUUUGGUGUGGUGCUGUCGGAGCUCGACUCGCACCAGCCUCCGUACGCAAAUGCCAUCGCUAGCAUCACCACCGAAUUGGGCGAGAAAGUAACCGAGACGGCCUUAAUGGAGAUGGUGGCCAUGGGUCGCGUUCGAGUUGAUUUCUCAUCGAGUGCACCGUCAUUGGUAGUGGAUCUGGGCCACGCCUGUGUGAACUUAAACCCGAGAUUAAGGCCAAGCGCCAGCGAAGUGCAUUACCAGUUACAGAAAAUUCUACGCAGGUACCAGAAGUAUACACUAUAG